GGCAUGUCAUUUCAUCUUACUUAAAAUAUAAAUGGAAUCAUGGCUUUUCUGUUCUUUGGAUAUUUAUCACCAAAGGUCUUUUUAUAGUUUCUGUGCUUCUGCUUGGCCCAGCUCAUCAUGGUCAGAGUUCCGAUAAUGAGGAAUAAGUAGCACGACCAGUUGUUGAUCAUGAUAGCAUAAAACAACCAUCCUAGACUCUCAAAGAAGUAGUUUGGGAAGGAGACCAGUGAGAAGGCAAAACCAUAUGGAAUUCUUUUCUCCCUCGAACCGUCAUUUCUCAGCUUCAUCAAGAUGAAGUGGCAAUAGAAAUUGGCCAGUUCGCAAAGAGCCCAGAGACCACCAUAAAUGUAGAGUUGGUUCAAAGGCCUGUCUUCAACAUGGAAAACGUACUUCUUCCAACCAGAAUAGUACCUAUCUUGAGGAGCGUAAACGGAAAGGGCAAUGAACAAUCCGUUAAAGAUCCAAUAGUGUCCACAGUUUCUGAACAAGUACUUCAAAGGCAUGGUGUCGACAGAGAACAUAUGGAUGAAAGUUGUCUCAAAUUCUCUUUUUAAAUAGUGAACCAUCGUCAGAAUAUAAGCCGCAAUUUGAGUGUACGUGUUGACAUCAGGGUCAUACAAACCGUAAUAGACCAAGGAGUGGAUCAGCAUGGGACCGAAAUAUUCGAUCAAGUAGACCGUUUUCCAUUCAAUUUGGGGGCCCACGUCUUUUGCAUAGACGGUGAUGGUAUCUGUCGUAGAGAAGUCAAGUCCGUUGGCUUCCAAUGUCUUCUCAUUCUUCAGUGUUCUACGGACGGGCUUCUUGUCAGUGGAUUCUUUUUCUUCCAGAAUAGAAAGUUUAACUCUGUUGGGAUCAAUGCUGUUGACCUUAGAGUAUUCGCUGAUGAUAGCUUGUACCUUUGCCUUUGGAUCAGUAUCGCAAUUGAUCUUCCGCAAGGUCUUAGAUCGAGGAACGAUAAUGAGAUUGACCAUGUUAUCCAAAGAAACAGAAUGAAAAUAAAAUUUUGGGCUUCAUAACCUAGUUGAUUUUAAAUUAUAUAUUUGUUAGCAUUAUUCAUCAUCAUACAAGAAUUAUGAAACUGGUGAAGUUUUUGAUGAAGCUAAACAACGAAAAAGUGCAGGUAGAACUGAAGAAUGGAACUGUCAUUUCUGGAGAAAUCAUCUCUGUUACGCCCUCUAUGAACAUCAAUUUGAAAAAUGUCAAAAUGACUAUCAAAUACAGAAAUCCAAUAAGUCUGGAAUACAUCAACAUAAGAGGUAAUCAGGUUCGCCUUGUGAUUCUACCUGAUGAGCUCAAUAUCGAUAGCAUAAUCUCGGACUCCAUGUUGAAGCCAAAAAAUCUAUCCACUGUUGCUCCGGUUCAAAAAGCAAAAGCUCCUAUAAGGGGGGGAAGAAGAGGACGCGGAAGAGCCAGGGCAUUUUAAUAAUCGUCACAUAUAUAUUGGGCUGUCAUCAAUGCACACGGGAUUUAGCACUGGACUGCUCGUCGUCCCGUUUCAAUUUUUCCUCUUCACACAUGCGCUCGAAUUCUUCUUGCAUUGAACUUUGUCGCGGCCCUAGUAAUUCCUGGUCUUCGAGAACUAACCUGUCAAUCAGACGAGGAAGCACCAUAUCGAGGAACUUGUUUCCUUGCAGCAGUUCGUCGAUAUACUCGUCCAGAUAUAUCGACUUGACUGUUUGAUUUUCGAUUAUGUUUAAUCGUCGAUAGUCCGCCAACAAAGGCUCCAGCUUCUGAUAAACUGCCACCGAAUGGCAAGUGAUUCUAACAUACAACGCUGCCAGUGCUGUCAGGUAGACAAAAUCUGUCUGUACGAGCAAAUAGUCAAUUAUAUCGGCAGCAGGUUGAAGCUGCAGAAGUCUGAGCAGGAGACAUAUAAAUGGGGUCGGAAUUGUAUGUCCAGUAUUUGCGUAAGUUCCUAUUUGCUCUAGCUCAACGGAUCGAUCCAGAAGUACUAGCAAGUCGGCGUGCUGGCAUUCUCGUUUCCAGUAUUGGCUGUCGAGGAUUCGUUCACGUAAUAUUUUUUCAAUGAGAAAGAC